UUGUGGCCAUUUCGAGGAAUACAAGGGUGGUGUUUUCUGACACAAACACUGGGGAGUCAACUGGAACAGUUUCUGACAGCCACAUCCAGAGGGUUUGGGCCUACCUCACAGUCAAACAGCUUCUAGAGAAAGAGCUGCAGUUAUCUGGACCUGAGAAGCAGAAUGUGAAGAAAGAGGCCUUGGAGCUGUCGUUGAAGUACAACUUUGUGACCCCACUGACAUCCAUGGUGGUCACCAAGCCUCUGGGGGAGAACACGGAUGUGCUUCAUAAACCCAAAGAAGGUGCAACACCAUGGGCACAGCAACAUCCUGUUAGAACUGGUCAGCGGAUGUUAAGGCUAAACGCUGGUUCCAUGGGCUACAGAGGCACUGGCGGAAGUGGAAUCACUGGAGCGGGAAAGGCUUAUCUCGUUCCUCCAAUGUUAGAUGUAUCGCGAAUGUAUCCUGCAGCGGGAAAGGCUUAUCUCGUUCCUCCAACGUUAGAUGUAUCGCAAAUGUAUCCUGCAGCUGCUCUUCCAGACAAUAUAUAUAGUGUUCCUGAAGAGAUUGCUGUGGCUCCAACCAUUGUGCCAGAAAGAGCAACUAAUGUUCCUCUUAUCCACAGGUUUUUGCUAAAAACUGAGACUCGGUCUCUUCCAUUAUGCUUUGAUGUCACUGGAGAUGUCCGCCUUAAACUUCUCCACCAUCCCAACAGGGAGCUGUCUGUGAAUGGUGAGCUUGAUUCAGUAGCACAUGGAGGCUUCAAAAGGAUUGUCAUCCACUUCAAAACUGACCUGCAUGUUGAGGUUGACACCCAGAGAAUCACUGUACGAGAGGGACAGGCAGUGACACAGCACACGGGACAGGAUCUCAUCACAGUUGGAAGUUUGACAGUGAUUAUGCGGGACAAGGAAAUAGAUGUUGCAGCUGGAGACACACGCAUGGUCAUCUUAAUUCAUAAGCGAGGUGACAAAGAAUUCAUCUGGCCUGUUUUAAGACAGCAGCCAUCGGACAACAACGUUUCAGGAAUUUUAGCUUUAAAGCCAGCAGUUUAUGAGGAGAUGCAGCAAACUCCUUCAACAAAACUUAAGAUCAAAGACCAGGAGAUUGAUGCUACCAGAUCCAUUGCUGUUGACUACAGUAUUGUCUCUGCCCUGACACUGGACUGCUGGCUCAUGUCUGCUGAAUCUGUCCUGCAGAGACGCCUGGAUGAUUUCAUUGUUACACAACUUUAACUGGAAAACAUGUUGAAUCAAUUGCAAAUAAUAUUCUUUGAUCGCUUUAAUGCUUGCAAUGAAAGUUUGGUAUGCGAUUACGUUUGCGUGUUGUAUCACCUGUUUUCCCCACCAUUUCCUGGACUCGUCAGACUGGUACUUUUUCACAAAGGCUGUACAUACUUGAAACAGAAAUAAUAAAUACAUUUUUGCUUGACACCAUA